GCGUGUUGUGCUACAUUUUUAUUUAGUUUGUAACCGUUCUCUGACGCUGGGACAGCGUACCGCGUUAGACGCUUUACUGCGCGCUGUUUAUCAAUAGUGUUUCGAUAUAUAAAGUUCAAUAGAUGAGUGAUAAGGUGCUCAGACUUUCUCAAGCUUAUCGGUGCUCGGCGCCAUCCGGCUCUGGCAUGGGAGGGCGAAGGAUGAUUAAAGCAGCAAUUGUGCUGAUAGCACUUGGGUACUGUAGCCUCUUAGUAUAUCAAGGAGGAGUCAGUUUCAACUUCCAAGAAAGACCAGUGCAAGUGGGGGACCUUUCUAUUGAACCUGUGACGAAAACGAGUGUACUUGACAGUGGACAAAAUAAAAACAUAACAUUAGAUGACAUUUUUAUUAGUGUUAAAACAACUAAACAUUAUCAGGAUACAAGAUUGCCAAUUAUCUUGAAGACAUGGUUCCAAUUGGCAAAAGAACAAACUUGGUUCUUCACGGACACAGACAAUCCGAAACACCAAAAUCAAACGAAUGGUCACAUGGUGAACACGAACUGCCCGGCGUCUCAUCAGAGCGAGCACCUCUGCUGCAAAAUGUCGGUAGAAUACGACUAUUUCUUGGAGAGUGGGAAGAAAUGGUUCUGCCAUUUCGACGAUGACAACUAUGUGAACGUGCCUCGACUAGUCAAGAUUUUACAGAACUACAACCACCAGGAAGACUGGUAUCUCGGUAGAACGUCAGUCAGCAAACCUGUCAAAAUAUUUAAGAAACCCACUAAUAAGUUAUGGUUUUCAUUUUGGUUCGCGACCGGAGGCGCCGGGUUUUGCAUUAGCAGAAGUUUGGCCCUCAAAAUGUUACCUAUCGCAAGCGGUGGGCGAUUCAUCACAGUCUGCGAGGGCACGAGAUUGCCGGACGAUAUGUCAAUAGGCUUUAUUAUUGAAUAUCUGAUGAAGAAGAACAUGACUCCAAUCUCGGAAUUCCACUCACAUUACGAGCAGAUGAAACUACUCCCAUCGGAGACCUUCAAAGACCAGAUCUCGUUCAGCUACGCCAAGACUAAGAAUGAGUGGAAUGUCGUCAACGUACCUGGUUUCGAUACCAGAUACGAUCCUACAAGGUUCCUCUCGCUGCAUUGUUUCCUGUUUCCCCAAUUUAAGUUCUGCCCGAGAUAGCGCAAUACAGGUAUAAUUUUGAGAAAAUUAAGAGAAAACUAAACGCAAGACAAAUAUUUGUUUAUGGAUUUCUUAUCUGUGAAUUGUGAAGCAACGCGUAAACUAAACGCAAUUUUAAAAAAAUAUGUUGUCUACGACUUGGCCCAAGUGGUCCUGAGUUUGAGUCUGAAAUGUAAAUUGAUGUAUUUCAAACGAUAUUUCAAUUCAAGGAUAAACAUUUACGCUUCACUGAAGGGUAAUUGAAAUAAGUCUAGACGUAUUCGAAACAUUUUCCUUAUAUUCAAAUGAUCCAUGAGCCUUUGGUAAAUUUACUUAAUGGGCUAGGUAGAAAUUAUUCUUUAUGAACAUCUGAAAUCGUUAUAUCAGAAAUUGUUUUUGAUCGCAGCUACAAGUAUAUUUAUUGUAUUGGCCAUUUCAAUGGUGGAUUAUAUUAAAGACCCAUUUUCACAACUUUCAAUUACGUAGGUAUUUUGAAAAACACAUACUUUUAAAAACCACCUAAGAUUUAAACAAGAAUUUACUUAUAAUACACCUACUUAUACUAUCUCAAUAAAUUAAAUUUACAGUAUUUAAUUGUAUAAAGGAUCAUUGUUGUAUCUAAAUAAAUUUGCUCUUCACAUUAAAAUUAAUUCCAAUGAAACCUGCAGCUGGUUCAAAUAGUUCUGCCGUGGGCUGACCACACAAGCACAUUCAAACUUCUCAAUGUAUAUUGUAUAGCCACAGUUUAACCGCUAUGCACUAAAUUCUGCAACUAUUUGUGGUGUUGAAGCGUGUUUACUGUUAAUUUAUGAAACAUUCAUUGACAUGACAGAAAAUAAUUAUUCUGAACUGUAUGAUGGAUAAUAUAAGUUUGAACCUAAAGUGUUUUUAUGAAGCUUAGGACACAAAACAGGAAAGCAAUUUCAAAGCCACAUUUUUGUAGGAACUCAUUUCAGCAAAAUUUUGAAGUCGAAGAACAUUGUAUAAAGAAAUACUUUUGACUUGCAAAAUAAUUUUUUGAUUACUAACUUGUUAAUUUUACAAAAAAAUAUUUUGUUAGGUAUUAAAAGUAUAUUUGUAGUAUAUGAAUGUGCUAAAUAUUAUAACAAAUCACUAUAACAGACAACGAUUCUCAUUUUAGAGCAAAUUUGGUAAAAAGCAAAUCAUUUUCUAAAUACAAAUAUCAGUAUUUGUGAAUCUUAUUUAAAUUAUAAUUGAAAAACAAACAAGAUUAACGAUGGAAUAUUAUGAAUAUUUUAAAUGUGCAAUACAAAAGUUUCAUGAAACAAACAAAAAUGUAUUGUAGAAUACCUACUUUAAAUAAAACUACUUUUUGUAUUACCUGACGAAGAAAAUGACAUGACAUUUUGUUGGCUGCGGCCAAAGCUAUUUACAAAAUGCACAGAGCACUGACCGAUGUGCGUCCUUGCUUUGUGUAAAAUCCUAUAUUGAGUGUAAAUAUUUUAUAAGAUGUGAUAUUAAUGGAAUGAAUGAGACAUGACAUAAAGCGCUUAUUGGCAAAAAACAAAAAUAUAUUACAACUCAAACUUAGUUUAACUUAACAUUUAUAAUAGCAAAAUCAAAUAACUUAUCGAAGACUCAAUAUAUAUUUUUUACAAUAAAAAAUACAAAUAUGUUUUUCUUUAAUUUUUUUUUAAUAAUUAUGCUUUUUGUAAACAUCGAUGAAUAAUUUAUACAUUUUAAUUUUAAAAAUAUGCAUAUUUAUCCAAUAGUCUAGUUGUUAUUGAAAUAAA